AUGAAGGGGUAAAGUUGGUGGACAUACAGGUGCAUCUCAAUAAAUUAGAAUAUCAUGGAAAAGUUCAUUAAUUUCAACAAUUCAAUUCAAAAAGAGAAGCUAAUACCGUUUAUAGAUCCAUGGUGCACAGACAGAAGUAUUCCAUGGUGUUCUUCCAUUUAAUUGUAAUAGUUAUAGCUUAUGCUUAAUAAAAACUCAAAUUCAGAAUCUCAAAGAAUUAGGAUAUUCCAUCAGACCAAUUAAAAAAAAUGAUUGUGAACUCAGAACUGUUGGUCUUAUGGAAAAUAUGUCCAUUUACAUGUACUCAGCACUUGGUUGGGACUCCUUUUGCCUGAAUUACUGCCUCAACUUGGUGUGGCAUGGAGGCUAUCAGCCUGUGGCACUGCUGCUGUGUAAUGAAAGCCCAGGCUGCCUUGAUAGCAGCCCUCAGCUCAUCCGCAUUCUUAAGUCUAAUGUGGUUUGUCUUCCUCUUGACAGUACCCCAUAGAUUCUCUAUGUAGUUGAGGUCUGGCGAGUUUGCUGGCCAGUCAAACACAGUAACCUUAUGGUCAAUGAAACAGCUUUUGGUGCUUUUGGCAAUGUGGGCAGGUGCCAAAUCCUGCAGAAAAAAGGAAUCAGCUUCUCCAUAAAGCUCUUAAGCAGAGGAAAGCAUGAAGUGGUCUUGAAUCUCUUGGUAAACGAUUGCGCUGACUUUAGAUUUUGGAAAACACAGUGGACCAACACCAGCAGAUGACAUUGCACCCCAAAUCACCUCUGACUGUGGAAACUUCACACUGAACUUCAAGUAACAGUCUGUGACAGUCUGGAGGACUGUGACAUUCGUGAGUCGCUAGCAUCAAUCAAACAUCAACUCCAGAAACUUGACAUUCUCGACCAGCUGAGAAGUGAUGUCACUGAACUAAAACAGUCCGCUGAAUUCAACAAUGCACUGAUCGAAACGCUCAAGGGUGAAAAUGCCUCAUUCAGGAUUCAAGUCAACAAGCUCACAAGUCUAACAGAAGAACUGCGAAAAGACAAUGCCGACAUGGCUAAAGACAUUCUGGAUCUACAAUGCCGAAGCAUGAGGGACAAUAUUGUUGUUCACAGUCUUGCUGAGAUGAAAAACGAGACUUACCAGAAAUCGGAGGAACUUCUAAAGGCAUUCCUUCUAAACCACCUGAAGAUGGAGCCGGAGGAAGCUGACGGUAUUUGUUUCUCCAGAGUCUGGGGAAAGCCAAGGGCGAUCAGCAGAAGCCCCGUCCCAUCGUCACCAAAUGAAAUCCAGCAUCAUAUCCAAGGGAAAGGAGCUCAAGUAUACCGUCUAUUCCGUGAGUGAUCAAUUUCCAGCAGAGAUCAUGAGAAGACGGCGGCUACUCUAUCCGAUCGUGGCUGAUGCACGAAAAAGAAAGAAGAAUGCUCGUCUGUUCAUUGACAAGCUUUAUAUCGAUGGCAAACUGUAUAGGAGUCCUCGUGUCACGUACUGGUUGAGCUGCAGUGGAGAUGAAAUUGUAUUUCAUGAUGCUCAAGAGGAGUUGCUGUGUACGAGUAGCCUGGCUGCUCUAGUUACUGGUGGUAACGCUGUAAAUAUUGACGCGUGAUGAUGAGGUCACGCAGCAUGCUCUCGCUGUUGUUGCACUCAUGGACGCUUUAAUUUGAUGUCACUGGUGUUUCUCAUCGCCAUGACUACGCUUGACUGGUCUCUGUGCAGUUUGACAAUACAGUCUAUGAGUUUGACACUGCUGUUGACUGCUGUUAUGUGACACAUGCUUUAUAUGUGUACCCAGUGACACUGUAUAUUUAUAUAUAUACACACACACACACACACACACACACACACACACACACACACACACACACACACACUUUUUUUUGUUUUUUCUCUCUCCUUUCUUAGUUGUGUUUUUCUCUUUCCUUAAUCAUUCUCAUUUAUAAUCUAAAAUUGUUUCUCUCUCUCUUUCUCAUUCUCUCUCUCUCUCUCUCAUCUACUGGCUCAUCUGUUGGCAUGGAAGUUAAGGUUCAUGUCAGACUACUCACCCAAAUCCUUGAGCCUCUGGGGUUAGGGUUAUAUGGGAUGCGUGGUUUCUGUUUUUUUUUUUUUGGUUUGUUUUUGUUUUUUGUCAUUUUAUUUAUGCUGUACUUUGUCUGUCUUUGUCUUGUCCUUGUCCUGUCCUUGUCUUGUCCUUGUCCUCGUCUUUUGUCUGUCGUGGAGGUACAUUUGAGCUCUUUGCAUUCUCUCUACACUUUGUUUUUGAUCUGCUCUGUUUUACUGGUGCUGUUAUUUCAAACAUUAAGACCUGGAUAGUUCAAAAGGGCUUAAAAUAAUACACCUGAAUAUAAGGAGCCUUAAGCACAAAAUUGAUUUAAUUCGGCCAUGGGUUGAACAGCAUAAACCCAGUGUUAUUACACUUUCUGAAACCUGGCUUAAUAGUAUGAUACCUGAUAAUGAAAUUAGGCUUACCAAUUAUGUCACAUACAGAGCUGACAGAGGUUCUAGGGGUGGUGGCUUAAUUACAUAUGUUGCUGCAGAUCUUGCCUCUGAAUUAAUCGUGCCUACUGUCACACCUGUUCAUUUUGAGGGAAUUUUUGUGAAGUUUAUUUUAAAUGAGAAUAAGUAAUUAACUAUUGCCAAUAUCUAUAGAUAUGUGUACCAGAUAACCCCGGCAGUCUAAACCUAUAGCAGCAUAACUAAGAGCUGGUUCAAAUCAGCCCCAACUAUAAGCUUUAUCAAAGAGGAACGUUUUAAGUCUACUCUUGAAAGUUGAGAGGGUGUCUGUUCCCUGAACCUCGAGCUGUAAAUGAUUCCAGAGGAGCGGUGCCUGGCAGAUGAAAGCUUUUCCUCCAAUACUACUUUUAGACAUUUGAUAGCAGACCUGCAGACUGUGAGCGUAACGGUCUAGACGGAAAGUAAGGUAUAACAAGCUCGUCGAGAUAUGAUGGUAUGGAGCCAGAUCAGGCUCAAAAGUAUUGAAAAGUAGUGUAAGUGAAAAAAUAAAAAGUGAAGUGAAAAAAAGGGAUUUGAACCUGAAAAAAAUAAAAUGGUACCUGAAAGUCUUGAAUUUCAAAAUUGAACUUUAAAAAAUCCCAGAAUGCAUGAAAAAAAUCUGUUCAAAUGUAACUUUGAUUCUGUUUUUUAAUACUUUUGAAUAAAUUACUUAUUUCUAUUUUUCACUUCAAUGUAUAUUUCGAUCUUGGAGUACUUUUUUUUUUCCAAUUGAAUUUUAUUUAUUUAUUUCAGAUUCAGAUCUUAUUUUUAUGGAUUCAAAACUUUUUUUUCGGUUUCAGAUUUUUUUUUUUCAGAUUCAGAUCUUUUUUCGGAUUCAACUUGAAAAGUUUCAGGUUCACUUUUGACCCUGUUUUUCCGUGGGGGCGGGCCUCGACUGAGAGGGGCGCGGUCUGCCAUGAGUGACAGGCCUCCCCCUCCUUCCCCACCCCAUCACCCUGCGUUCAGGAAGUGGCAUGAAUACACAUUAGCUUAGCCUACAAUUAGGCUGUAUUGGCUGAAUGAGAUCGUGUUGGUUCGUUCCACUUUAGUGGUGCAAUAUAAACUGUGAUUCAUAAAAAAGCUCUAGUGAUAGUAAGUACUAAAAAAAAAAUAUCUACUCAUGCCAUCCUGUCGAUUUUUAGUAAUCAGUGUUUCGGUGUCGAACUAUUUCCCUUCUGCGGCGUAGUGAUACUUGCACACGCGCAAUCGAAUAUGCAGGGGGUGAAGCGAUUUUUGUCACGUGGACCAAUAGGAGCCGAGUCUCGUUGCCAUAGUAUCAGAAAUACACAAACAUGGCGACGACAGCAUCUCGCAGCGAGACAAGCGAAGAGGAAGAGAUGAAAAGGAACAAAAGAAAACAGCCUUUAAAAGUGCAUAAAAAAAGGAGCGAAACGAUGCUAUAUGCAUCUGUCCAGAGUGAAGACGUUCUUGACUUUACAAGGACACGUUGGGAAACUUACAGAACUAGUUUUGGAAAGUGGCUUUCUCUACAGGGUGUGACAAAGGACCUUGCAGAAACUUAUAAACUUUGCGUUGAUAUCGACUUUGACAAUGUUCCUGAUGACGCUGGGUUUCACAUGACAUGCUACCAGCGAUUUAUUUGCAAAAGGGGUUUGAGAAACAAGAACGUGAUGCAGCUGCGGAUGGUAUGAAUGAAUGGUAUUGUCUUUGCAAAAAUGCAUUGAAGCAUCAGUAGCACCAGCGUAUUUGAACGAAAUUCACUUUCUAGGCACUUUUUCCUUUGUCCCAAUACAGCUUAUGACCUCGAGCGAAGUUUCUUUCGCGGAGUUUCAGAUGCAUCGGCGAUGCUGCGUUAAGGGUUUGACUGACCCGUGGCUGCAUCACGUUCUUGUUUCUCAAACCCCUUUUGCAAAUAAAUCGCUUGUAGCAUGUCAUGUGAAACCCAGCGUCAUCAGGAACAUUGUCAAAGUCGAUAUCAAAGCAAAGUUUAUAAGUUUCUGCAAGGUCCUUUGUCUCACCCUGUAGAGAAAGCCACUUUCUAAUACUAGUUCUGUAAGUUUCCCAACGUGUCCUUGUAAAGUCAAGAACGUCUUCACUCUGGACAGAUGACAGAUGCAUAUAGCAUCGUUUCGCUCUUUUUUUAUGCACUUUGGAAGGCGGUUUUCUUUUGUUCCUUUUCUUUUCUUCCUCUUCGCUUGUCUCGCUGCGAGAUGCGGUCGUUGCCAUGUUUGUGUAUUUCUGAUACUAUGGCAACGAGACUCGGCUCCUAUUGGUCCACGUGACAAAAAUCGCUUCACCCCCUGCAUAUUCGAUUGCGCGUGUGCAAGUAUCACUACGCCGCAGAAGGGAAAUAGUUCGACACCGAAACACUGAUUACUAAAAAUCGACUGGAUGACAUGAGUAGAUAUUUUUUUUUUAGUACUUACUAUCAAUAGAGCUUUUUUAUGAAUCACAGUUUAUAUUGCACCACUAAAGUGGAACGAACCAACACGAUCUCAUUCAGCCAAUACAGCCUAAUUGUAGGCUAAGUUAAUGUGUAUUCAUGCCACUUCCUGAACGCAGGGUGAUGGGGUGGGGAAGGAGGGGGAGGCCUGUCACUCAUGGCAGACUGCGCCCCUCUCAGUCGAGGCCCGCCCCCACGGAAAAACAGGCUCAAAAGUCAACCUGAAACUUUUCAAGUUGAAUCCGAAAAAAGAUCUGAAUCUGAAAAAAAAAAAUCUGAAACCGAAAAAAAAGUUUUGAAUCCAUAAAAAUAAGAUCUGAAUCUGAAAUAAAUAAAUAAAAUUCAAUCGAAAAAAAAAAAGUACUCCAAGAUCGAAAUAUACAUUGAAGUGAAAAAUAGAAAUAAGUAAUUAUUCAAAAGUAUUAAAAAACAGAAUCAAAGUUACAUUUGAACAGAUUUUUUUCAUGCAUUCUGGGAUUUUUUAAAGUUCAAUUUCGAAAUUCAAGACUUUCAGGUACCAAUUUAUUUUUUUUCAGGUUCAAAUCUUAUUUUUUCACUUCACUUUUUAUUUUUUCACUUACACUACUUUUCAAUACUUUUGAGCCUGAUCUGGCUCCAUAUGAUGGAGCCUGGCUGUUAAGUGCUUUAUAUGUCAUAAGGAGGAUUUUAAACUAAUUUGUAGAUUCAAUAGGGAACCAAUGAAGAUAGGCUAAGACAGGAGAGAUGUGCUCCCUUCUUCUGGUUCUAGUCAAUACCCGAGCAGCUCCAUUUUGGACCAGCUGAAGAGACUUAUUGGAGCAGCCUGAUAAGAGAGAAUUAAAAGUAAUCCAGCCUAGAGGUAACAAAGGCAUGGACUAGUUUUUCUGCAUCACUCUGAGACUGGAUGGGUCUAAUUUUUGAGAUAUUGCGCAGGUGUAAAAAAAAAUAUCCUAGAGAUUUGUUGAAUGUGGGAGCUAAAGGACAAAUCCUGAUCAAAUAAAACUCCCAGAUUUCGCACAGUGGGGCUGGAUGCCAGACUGAUGCCAUCUAGUGUAGCUAUAUUAUUAGAGAAUGCCUCUCUAAGGUGUUUAGGACAGAGGACAAGAACUUCAGUUUUGUCUGAGUUGAGCAUCAGAAAGUUAUUGGUCAUCCAGGAUUUUAUACCUUUGAGACAAGCUUCUAAUUUGGUAACCUGAUUUGUUUCUUCUGGCUUCAUGGUUAAGUAUAACUGGGUGUCAUCUGCAUAACAGUGGAAAUUAAUUGAGUACUUCCUCAUAAUUUUACCCAGAAGAAGCAUGUAGAAGGUAAAGAGGAUCGGUCCAAGCAUUGACCCUCGCAGGACUCCGUAGCAGACCUUGGUGUGCGCAGAGGAUUCAUUUUUAACACGGACAAACUGGGAUCGAUCCAUUAGAUAAGAUUUAAACCAGGAAAGAGUGGAUCCUGCUAUGCCGAUAGAUUGUUCCAGUCUCUGAAGCAGGAUGCGGUGGUCGAUCGUGUCAAAAGCAGCACUAAGAUCCAACAGGACAAGAACAGAGAGAAGACCACUGUCCGAAGCCAUGAGUAGGUCAUUUGUCACCUUCAGCAGAGCAGUCUCCGUGCUGUGAUGGGUUCUAAAUCCAGAAUGGAAAUCCUCCAAUAAACCGUUGUUAUGAAGAAAAUCACAAAGUUGAUUUGCAACAACCUAAGGUGCCUGAGUCAAGAGUAGGUUUUUUAAGGAGUCUUAAAUGCAGUCUUAAAAGACCGGGGAACAUAUCCUGUUAAUAAAGACGUGUUGAUCAAGUGAAGCAAGGACGUACUGAUCAAAGGAAGAGUUUCCUUCAGCAGUUUAGAUGGAAUUGAGUUUAAAACACACGCAUACCAGAGGUUACUAAUUUUAUCUCUUAUUUUAAGAUUUUUACAUUAUAGAAGCUCAAGAAGUCGUCGCUGCUGAGGGCUAAUGGGAUACACGGUUCAGUGGUGCUCUGACAGUCCGUCAGCCUGGCUACAGUGCUGAAGAGUUAUCUGGGGUUAUUCUUAUUUUCUUCAAUAAGAGACAAGUAGUAAGUUGUCUGAGCACGUCGUAAGGCCUUCUUAUAUUUGUCAAGACAUUCCUGCCAGAGAAAACUAGCUUCAGCUGUUUUGGAAGAACGCCAAAUCCUUUCUCGUCUUCUUAAUAACUGUAUCAGCUCACGGGUUUCAGCAUUAUACCACAGAGCCAGCCUCUUGCGUGUAAGAGUUUUCUGCCGAAGCAGAGCAACUGAGUCAAGAAUUGAUCGCAAUGUGCCUGAGGUAUCAUCGCCGAACUGAUCAAGUUGCAAGGGACUGAUGUUCAAGUAUGAGCUAUCAGUGAAGUUCUUCUCGAGAACAGAAUUAAGAGCAGACGGAAUUGCCUCCUUGAACUUAGACACAGCAUUUUCAGACAACCUUCUAGUUAGCACGGUUUUGUUAUGAGGAGAGUAGCCUGAAAGCACAAAUUCAAAGGUUACUAGAAAGUGAUCCGAUAAAAGAGGAUUUAAUGAGCUGACUGACAAGGCUUCCGCUUCAAGGCCAUAAGCCAGGACAAGAUCGAGGGUGUGGUUAAAGCAGUGCAUGGGUCCAUGUACACAUUGUGUAAACCCAACUGAGUCUAGAAAGGACAAGAAAGAAAUGCUUAGGCUAUCAUUUUCCACAUCCACAUGAAUAUUAAAGUCACCAACGACAAUGACUUUGUCUGCACUAAGGACUAGAUCAGAUAAAAACUCUGAGAAUUCUGACAAAAACUCAGAGUAUGGGCUCGGAGGGCAAUAAACUAUAGCAAAUACCAGAGGUCUCGUGGUCUUUGAGGUUGGAUGCGGAAGACUGAGAACAAGACUUUCAAAAGAGUUAUAAUCCAGUUUUGGUCUUGGGUUAAUUCCAAGACUGGAAUUGUAAAUAGCUGCAACUCCACCACCUCAGCCAGAGUCCCGAGGAAUGUGAAAGCUUAGGUGGCUAGGAGGAGUGGAUUCAUUUAAACGGACAUAUUCAUCCUGACGCAGCCAAGUUUCGGUUAGGGAAAGUACAUCAAUGCGAUGAUCAGAGAUUAGUUCAUUUAUUAACACAGAUUUGGAACUUAAAGGCCUUAUGUUCAGUAGACCACAUUUUAUCUUACGACUACUCGGUUCAGCUAUGUUAGCAGUUCUAAUUCUAGUAAGGUUCUGGUUAUUUACUUGUUUGUUAAUCGAUCCGUUAGAAUUAAAGAGCCGAGGACGAGGGACAGACACAGUCUCUAUAUUCAAGUGAUUGUAGCUAGGAGCCUGCUCGAACAAAAGUGCAGAGGAACGUGUAGAACUGCGGCUAUGUUCCCUGAUCUCUAUAUCAAACUGAUUGUAGCUAGGAAGCUGCUCUGAAGGGAGUACAGAGGGGUGUGUCAGACUGUGGCUCUGCUCCCGGAUCUCUAUAUCAAACUGAUUGUAGCUAGGAAGCUGCUCUGAAGGGAGUGCAGGGGUGCGUAUAAGACUGCGGCUCUGCUCCAUAGUCUCUGAAUAUAAGUGAUAGUGGCUGGGAAGCUGCUUUAAAGGAGGCACAGAGGAGCGUGUAGGACUGCAGCCCUGCUCCCUGAUCUCAAUGAAGCCCACACCGUUUUGCGGACACCACCUUGACAGCCAGCAGUUGUAUGAUGAGAUACGGGUACACAUCUCAUCAGUUGUCUGAUUGGGCAGGGGACCAGAGAAAACUACGGAGUCCGACAUGGUUUUGGCGUAUUCACACACCGAUUCCACGUUCAAUUUAGUGGCUUCCGACUGGCGGCGCUGGGAGUUAUUAAUGCCGACAUGUAUUAAAAUCUUACGGAAUUUACGUUUAGCCUUUGCCAGCAGUUUUAAACUACCUUCGAUGUUGCCCGCUCUGGCCCCCGGAAGACAGUGAACUAUGGCCGCUGACUUUGCUAAUUUCACAUUUCGGACUACAGAGUCUCCACUCACAAGAGCGUCGGGCUCAUCAGGUGUGUUGCUGAGAGGGGCAAAUUUUUUUGAAAUGUGAAUAUGGUGGUCUUAUUAGGCCUGCUGCUAUGCUUCCCUUUCACAGUAACCCAACCACUACUACAUCCUGGCUGCUCGGGAUCUGCCGGGGGGGAAGCUAAGUUAGGCCGACCCGCACCGGCUACAAGGUCCUGGCUGGCUACCGCUACUCUAGCAUCGGUGCGGAGCCGCUUUUCCAACUCUGUAAUCCUCGCCUCCAGAGCUAAGAAUAAACUACACUUAAAGCAGGUAUCGUUAUCGUCUAAGGAGGACGAGGAGUAACUAAACAUCUGACACACUGAGCAGAAGCGAGCAGGAGAAGCAGGAGACCGGAGGGAAGCCAUCGUUAGCAAGUGAAGCUAUGAGAAGCUAAGAGAAGCUAAGAGCUAGUAAAGUAAACCACCAGAGAGGUCCCCCGGAAUGGAGAUAAAGACGGUGCUUGGUGAAAACUAUCAGAUAUACUUAUAGACUUUUAAACAAACAGAUGUAUUGAUAGAUUGAAGAGAGAAAAUAACCCAAACAGCAAGAACGCUAUCGGGAGGAGCAAAACGCUACACACACAGUUCAACAGCAAGGAAGGGAAUGAAGCAAUGCGCACGCUCACCAGUCAGGAGGAGGAGUCAGUCUGGGCCCUUGGUUUCCAAAUGUAAUGCAAAACUUGCUUUCAUCUGAAAAGAGGACUUUUGACCACUGUCCAGUUCUUCUUCUCCUUAGCCCAGGUAAAAUGCCCCGACGUUGUCUCUGGCCCAGGAGUGGCUUGACAAGAGGAAUGCGACAGUUAAAGCCUAAUUCUUUGACUCGUCUCUGUGUGGUGGCUCUUGAUGCCCUGACUACAGCCUCAGUCCACUGUUUGUUAAGUUCGCCCAAGUUCUUGAAUCGAUUUUGGUUGACAAACCUCUCAAGGCUGCAAUCAUCCCUGUUGCUUGUGCAUCUCUUUCUACCACACUUUUUCCUUCCACUCUUUCUGUUAGUAUACUUGGAUACAGCACUCUGUGAACCGCCAGCUUCUUUUGUGGCUUACCCUGCUUGUGAAGGGUGUCAGUGAUUAUCUUCUGGGCAACUGUCAGGUCAGCAGUCUUCCCCAGUGGAGCUACUGAACCAGGCCUAGAGACCAAUUAAGGGCUUGGGAAACCUUUGCAGGUGUUUGGAGUUUAUUAGCUGAUAAGAGUGUGGCAUUAUUCGGUUAAAAUACUGAACUUUUUCACAAUAUUCAAAUUUUUUUGAGAUACUGAAUUAGGGGUUUACAUUAAAUGUAAGCCACAAUCAUUACAGUUAAAAGAAAAAAAAAAGCCAUGGAAUAUUUCAGUCUGUGUGCCAUGGACCUAUCAGGUUAUUAGUUUUACUUUUUGAAUUGAACUGUUAAAAUUUAUGAACUUUUCCAUGAUAUUCUAAUUCAUUGACAUGCACCUGUAAAUACCUCUACCGCAGGACGCUGGCAUCAUGCACAGAGCCGGGGAGCCCUGAAGACAAAGGUGAUGUAAAUAUUUAAUUGAACAUGGUAUAAAGUAGAUUCUGUAUAAGAUGUUUAACACCAAAACUUGUUAUUUGAUGCUUACUGACCGUCAUGGACUAUCUUUACUAAUAAUUACGCAGUUUACAGUUGAAAGGUAACUACAGAGUCCUCGUUCACUAAUACAAAUAAAACUCAAAGGAGAUCUCCCCUCCAAAAAGAUUAAAAAAAAAAAAAAACAGACACUGUCUGCUUACAUGCCAGGAGGUCAGAUGAAAUUUUUCUGGUCCACAAAACACUGCUGGCUUUACUAUAAUUUUAAGAACACUUGGCAUGUCAGGUCUUAAGUUCUUUUCAACUUUUGGAUGGGCUGUAUUUUACUCUAAUUUUAUUAUUCAUAUUGUAUGACUUUGCAUUUGAUUCCUAAACAUCAUUUGCUCCAAUUUGGUUUUGAAGGUGCCUGAAACACCUUUUUCUAUGAAACUCCAACAGUGUUUUCUACCCACGGUAUGCAAGUACAUGAAGAGUUAACUCUAUUUAAUACUGAACUACAUACAAUCCUGCUCACCAUUAUUGGCACCAAUGAAGUUUAAGUACAUAAUGUGGAAUAUCUUCUGAAAAAAAUGAAUCAAGUGAAACUUUUUCUGUAGAGAACUCGUGUUUGAUACAAAGGACCAAAUGAUAAAAAAAAAAAAAAAAAAAAACAAUUUAAAACAAUAAACAAUUGGAGGAAAAAAUAGAAAAACUUAAAGUGUGCUGUGUUACUGCUAUUGGCACCUUUUCCUGUAAAUUAGUAUGGAAACACAUUGUGACUCACCCUUGGCAAAUCACAAAUGAGAAUCACCUGUGAUAAAUUGUCUGUGCCCAUGUGACAUGAAUUAACCAAUGAAUGAUGACUUCUGUGUUUUAAAAAGCAACCUGUUAUCUCCUGUCUGUCUGAGGACAUCCGCCCGCCGCUGCUGCGGCCGCUGGAGGAGAAUCAUGGCCGGCCCGUGCAUAUAGGUGAACAUGCAAGUGCAGCCAGCAGCCAGCCAGUGACUGAUUUGUCACAUUUUGGACAUUAGGGGCGGCGCCGCUGCGGCCAAUGUUUUAUUAGCUGAAUUACAAUUACACAUUACAAUUUGCCGCUUUAAUCAGCUGCCUUGUUCGCCUAUAUGCACGGGCCGGCCAUGAGUGUGUGGCUGAAAGAGUGCGGAAACAUAGAAAAAUUCUGGGUUUAUUUAGGAAAACCUGGUCCCGACCUGGGGCCUGUUCUACGAAGCAGGAUUACUGCUUAGCGAGGAAACUUCGAGGAUAAGUUUGGGGUUUCCUGUUCUACGACGCGGAUUCACUUCUUAGCGAGGCGAGUCUCCAUGGCAACAUACACUGAACGGCUAACCUGCUCCGGGGCAGGUUAAGUUCUAGAUUGAACUCACUGAGUAUAAAAACCCCGCCCACUGACCAAUGAGCUCUCUUGAAAAACGGCUUGUCCGUUCUCGGAGGAUCCUGUAGACCUCGGUGCUCGCAUAGUCCAAGGAGCACUCCGGCUCGCGAGAGUUUUCAGGGACUGCACGGACCCACUUUCUUUUCCGGAUGACCACCUAUAUGAAAGGCUCAUAUGGCCUACAUAUCACACAAAACAUGUAAACACGAUAGGAAUGAACAAAUAAAUGAAUUCAUCUUGGAAAUAAAUGGCCAUGGGCUGCAUGGGCUGUGUGAUCACAGACAACAUCUCGGUACUAUUUAGUAGCAGCACACGCCCCUUGUAAUAACGCCUGUAAAAACUGUUGUUCAGGACUGCUUACUUGUGCUUCCUACCCACUGUAAUAACCGUUGUUCUAGCCCACAUCCAACAUUUUUGUUCUCAUUCAUGAAACGCUUAAAUCGGGGGACAUUUUCAGGGACAGCUUUAGCCGGGGACAGAUCAUCCAAUUCGGGGACUGUCCCCGGAAAUCGGGGACGUCUGGUCACCUUAGUUGAAAGCGCAUGUUGAAUAGUGCUAUUUCAGGGUGAUAAUGGCAUCAAAGAUUAAUUUUCUGCCAGCAUUCCUUCCGUGCCUUUGCAGUGUCGACGGUGUUGCUUUUGAGGUUUAUGAUAGAUUUUAAUUCUUCAUACUUUCUCAUGAUCGUCUCCUGCUCCUCGUUUGUAAAGUACACGGUCCUUCGCUCUCCAGCCUGCUCUGACGCUCCAAACUGGUCCAUGUUCGCGAUUGGUCAGAUGCGGCGGGCUCCGCCUUACAUGUGUGCACGCACUCAUAGCAAAGCUGGCUCAACUUACGAGGUUGUUAACCAGCGUCGUAAGACCGUUUAGCGAGACCGCUGGCUACCGCGCUAAGUUGAGCGAGGUAGCUCCGAGGCUACCUCCCUAGGUUGAACUUGCUUCGUAGAGCAGGCCCCGGGUUAGGUUCAUGGAGUCUGUUACUAUGGUAACUGACCGCGAGGUUGAGUUACCUCUCUUUGUGAAACAGGUUAAAGUUACCCCUCUCUCUCUGGUUUAACUGACCCUCCUUUGUGAAACGGAAAACUCUGAGUUUCCCUGAUUUCAGGGUUAACAGACUCUGAGUUUCCAUUAAACCUGCUACGUGAAACGGACCUCUGAUCUUAAUCCCAUUGAAAAUCUUUGGUAUGCGCUGAAAUCUGCCAUUGGGUAUAAGAAACCUGCAAACAUUAAAGAGCUUGAACAAUUUGCAAAGAAAGAGUGGGAGAAAAUACCAGCGGAGAAGUGCAAGAAGCUUAUAAACAGCUACAAGAAAUGUUUGGAAGCUGUCAUCACUGCCAAAGGGUGUGCAACCAAAUAUUAAAGAGGGGUGCCAUUAUUGCUGCACACGCUGUGUUUUCUGUUUCUUCUUUGAAAUUACAAUGUGUAAGUUAAAAAAAACAAUUUCCAAUUUUUGUUAAAUUACUUUGGACCUCCCAUUAAAAGAUCCUGAUGAUAUAAAUUUGGUAAUUUCCAUUUUUUCUGAAGAUAUUGUAGAGAUUAUGCAAAAAAAUGAAGGGGUGCCAAUUAUGGUGAGCUGGACUGUAAAUACCUGUAAAUAUGUUCAGGAAGCGGCCUUUGUGGUCGCAAGAAUGGAAAUAGAAAAGCUUCCUAUUGUAAAAGAAAAAUGUAGUGAUCAGCAGUUGGAAUUCAGGUAGGAUUAAGAACAUGUUAUAAAUUAAUAUAAAUUUUGUAUACAGGUUACCUAUUAAGGUAGUCUCUUUGUUUGCAAAUCUCCUCUUGUGGUCAAUAUGUGCGAGUAGUUUGAACUUUUUUUGAGUUGUUUUUAUUUCUAUUAUGUCACUGUUAUCACUGUUUACAACUAAGUGCUUUUUGUACAAAGAUGGAGUUAGUUAUGAAAUAACCUGGUUGUCAUAUUGUUAGAGUAUUAUGUAUUUGGUAUACUGACAGUAUCUGUAUAUCUGAUCAUUAGCUUACCUCUGCUUCCUAACUAAACCCCAGCUAACCUAUGGCGUCAAUUCGGUGCCAAAUAUCCGCGCGCAUAAAAAAAAAAAACAUAGCGCGCAUAAAAACACAUACCCGCGCGCUCGCCGUCACUGUCUGCGCGCUCGCCAUCACUACCCGCGUGCUUGCCUUCACUGUCUGCGCGCUCGCAGUGUCUGUACACACGCGCGCUGUCUCUCAGCAAGAGUACCCAGAUGCAGCGCCAAGAUGGCGGACCCAAAGAUAAAAAACCACAUUUACAAAACGCAAUAAGUUUCCGCAUUACCUCCGAUUGGCGGACCCAAAACAUGAACUUUGAACUUCUGCUUUGCGAUGCCAGAACAGUAGGUGGCGGUAUGUACCUACACUUUCUGACGGCAAAAUUUACAGAAGAAGAAGAACUCUCAGGAAGUUUGAAAAGAAGCAAGCCGUCCGCAUUCAUUCAAUCUCACCUCCGACCACUCAAACUAACCCUAACCCUGCAUUCCAUUGUUUCCAACAUGGGAAAUCUAAGUGACGCUCUCAAAUUAACAGGAACAUUGCGCAGAAGAUAUGUCCUGGGCAAUGGACUGAGAAAACGGGCAGAGAUUUGGAGGUAUUUGUGCAUGCUCUAUAUUACAGUUGAAAAGUGUAUAACAGCUUUCCAAUGCUGUUACUUGUGGCGAACACCUUUUUGCUUGAGUUGAUGCGUGCCCGCAGGUGGAAUAAUGUCACAUGUCACACACAUUUUCUGUUGUUUUGAUUUAUUUACUCAUUCAUCAUUUUAUGUGCGCACCUCUCCUAAUCAACCCACCCAUUAAAUAGACAGGCACAAUAGCACCAUCUGCUGGCACAAAAAAUACCUAACAAUAAACUGCAAAACCCCAAUCUGGCUCCUACAAAGUGUAUGUGACAAGAUGAUUAACGUUUGCUUUUGUUAAAUCAGGGCUUCCCCAGCCAGGACUUCGGCUCAGACUGUGGCAUAUUCAUGUUGAUGGUAGGUCAUAACGAGCUGUAAUGCACAAAUAUUGUAUCUAGAAUAACUUUCCAACAUGGACUUUUUUAAAGUUAUCUCACAUGUUGUCUCAUAAUUUUUUUUUAAAAGUCUGCCAUGUACAUCGUUAUGGAGUCACAGUUUGACUACUCAGUUGUAAGUACUUUUCAACACGCAGUGUCAUCCUCAAGAUUGUAUUUUGUAUUGUGCACUAAAAUGAAAUACAAACAACAAUUUCAGCAUGACAUGCCUGUUUGGCGGCGAUGGUGGUGCCUGUUGCUCCUGGAGAACAAUUCUUUGAACAGGUAGACAGUUUAAGUAAACUAGAUGUCCUAAUUAACUGGAAGACAAUCAAUAUAUUGUACUUAAAGAUAUAUUGUCAUUACAGUUGUGGGAAAAUCUUCGCCCACUGGACCAAAGAAUGUCAAGAGCUCAUUGCUGGAAAGCAUACUCCGGUCUUCAGUCUAAAGAGGAAGGCAGAGCAGCAGGACAUAGAGGUUAGAAAAUUGCCUUGUAAAAACAGUAUUAUCUCAGUGGGAGUCCUUCAAAAUGCACACAGUUGUAUGGAUCAACAUUGUCUCGAUGUAUUUGGUAAUUGAUGUUACUUUUCAAAUUGACUUGUCAAGGAAACCAUGACGCAGACGGCAUCGGAUGUCCAAAGAAUGUGCAUGGCAGAUUCAAUGCAAUUCUGUGUCUACCAGACAUCGAACAACACAGGAGAGAGGUGUGUUGCAGACUCAAUUUAAUAAAUGCAAUUAUCGGGGCCUAUUCAGUGAUUUUCCAUGAAGUGACCACUUUUACAUAUAGUUUAAAUGCACGAAUCAUGCAGGAAAAUUAUUUAUACAUUCAAAUGUGCUGCAGAGGUAUAAUCAAUUGGACAGCGUGUUUGUUUAAUAUUAUGUUUGUCUCUCAUUUGAUCAGAUUGCUUUACCCUGAGGUAAACGUCAUAAAAUGGGUCCAGUGCAAGACGUGCAGGGGCUGGCUGCAUCAGGAUUGUGCUGGGAUUGAAAUGGAGCCGUUUGACUGCGGGUGCGAGGACUCCAUUGAGCAUCCUCGGUAUAACAUAAUUUAUCAAGGAAACAUAGUAUCAGUCAAAAAUACGAGGCUCAAAGGAUGAAAAAAUGAGGGCUUGCUCUUUUCUUAUUUCUCUGCAGGAUCAAGGAUGCUGUUGACAGUUGAGGAAUUCAUGCUGUCUUUUCUAAGACACAGAUCAAGGUUGCUUUUGAAUGCACUAUCAGUUGUUAAAGCCACCGUUUCUUUUUCAGAUGAUUACAUUUUUGUCUCUUGCUCUUUGGUUUCAGACAUUACACGAUGAUCUACUGUCUGGAAAGAUCCGCUCCAACAGAAUGUUCCUUUGGAGGAAUCCCGCCACCUCACUCCAACUAAAGCAGCAUCUUAAGAUAAGGACACUAAGUUGGAGUGAGCAGCGCGUAAGUAAAAAUGCCAUCCAUCAUGAGUAUUUUUACUCUCAGGGGUGUUACAUUUGAAAGGUGUUUACUUUCUGUGUUUUUCUUCAAUAGAUGUUCGCGCUCCUGCGGUUCAUUGAGGUGGCAACAAACAUUUCUAAAAAAAUAAAGAGAGGCGAGAUUCAUCUGCUUGAUUUCGUUUUUGACGUCAUGCUCCCAGAGGUGAGUAGAUCAAACUAUAUAGCUUGCUUUGAAAAAUGAUGAUAUUGUUAAGAGGUUGUUCUUAUUCAUUUGGAAAGCUCAAGAACAACAAUUAACCCAUACUGCAUAACUUCAAUUGUUCACAUUAUUUGACUGUUUUUCAGCUUUUGAUCAAAGCACUGAAGGAGCAUGGCAUCAACCGGUUCAGAGCAGAGCUGAUGAUGGCCUGUGGCAACGUGUUUUAAGCCCCCCACCACACCGACGGCAGUGCUGAAUUUUGUAUAUAUAUAUAUUUUUUUACUGUUCACAAUUUUGUUUGGAAAAAAUUAAAGAAAUCUUCAAAGCAGUUGUAUGACAAUUUCCCAUUUCUUUACACCAUCUGUAAUGAUAUCGCUAUUCAAUUGUUUUUGCUAUAUGGCUCUUCUGAACCUUAAAGAGAUCAUGUGACUUGUGUCUCUACAACUAUUGUAUACUUGGAUUUUGCACAGUCAAGCAAUCCUGAAGAGGUUCACCAGGAAGCACACCAUUUCAUAAAUUAUGUCCCUGGUUACACAAUGUUACUAAAGGAUGGGGGGAGUAAAUUUGUGCAGCAACAUAAGCACUCUCAUAAAACAUAAUUAUGAACAACAGAAAAUAUGUGAGGGUCAGGGCAACAUUGUUGACAUUAAACGAGGUCCUAAUAGGAGUGGAGAAACAAGGUCACAGAGAAGUUAAGAAACAUUGAUGUACUGUGUAAUAAAGCUAUUGGAGAGAAAAGUUAGAAAACACUGUUAUAUGAUGUGUAACGAGAGGUUAAAACAGUCCAUACUUGUAGCAAACUCUUACAAAAGAAUUUGAGUAAGAUGAUAACUUCUACAUACAUUUACCUAUUCUGACAAAUUAUCAGAAUAUGAGGACAUCAGGCUAUAUAUACAUAUUACUGUAAACUUCAGAAUUAAAUCAGAACAAAACAGUAGUCAUAAUUAAUACAUAAACGUUUUAUUUUGAUUUUUAGCUCAAUAAUAAAUUUAAUUCGAUUCUUAUGGAAUGAACGGAGCAAAAAAAAAAGGAUCCGGCGACUAAAUCCGACUACCUGAAGUAUUUCGGCGCCGGAAGUCCGCCAACGAGAAAGCCUUUCCACCGGAAGUAAUUGUUUUGGGUCCGCCAAUCGGAGGUAAUGCGGAAACUUAUUGCGUUUUGUAAAUGUGGUUUUCUAUCUUUGGGUCCGCCAUCUUGCGCUGCAUCUGGUCACCUCUCUCUCUCAGGGCCCUCUGCGCGCUCGACUCGGUUGAGUUUUGGCACUCCGGGGGCGGGCCACUCUGCACCUCUUCUCCACUCUGAUUGGUCACAUAGAACCGAUUGACGCCAUAUCAGAGCCAAUCAGAGGCAGAGUAGUAAUGUUAAACCUCAGCACUGCCUCUUCUGUCACAAUACCAGUCUUUGCACAAACACCGCUGAAAUAAAUGUACAGGAGCAUCUUUUUCAAAAACAUGAAUACAGCACGUCAUUUCUGUGGUUGGUUGGUAGAUAGACAGACAGACAGACAGACAGACAGACAGAUAGAUAGAUAGAUAGAUAGAUAGAUAGAUAGAUAGAUAGAUAGAUAGAUAUUCGUUGCUGAUUGGUCAUUUUAAGUGCUCACUGACAGAUUCAAUCCGAGGCAGUGGGGGAGGCAGUAUUAAUGCUAGGCGGUGUAUUCAGAUAAAUCCCCACCGAGGCACUCUUACCUCUUGCACAUUUUUUGUCUAUUGGUAAUUUUGUCAUUGGAGUUAGUGACGAGUCACACACCUCGAAAUUAGCCGGCUCUAAACUUUUCAGCUGCUGCGGCACAAGACGAGUUAAAAAUCGCACUACACACACGCACACACACACACACACACACACACACACACACACACACACACACACACACACAUUGCUAAUAUAACAAAUUUUUGCGUGGCAAUCAUCUUAAGAGGAGGUAAAAUGAAUCAAAUUAAUGGUACACAAAGUUUGUUAUUGAGCUGGUGAAAUUAUGAAAAUAGGUUAGAUUGUCAUGCCUUCUUUAGAAAGCUUAAGUCUUCUGUAACAUUAAUGAUGUCCUCGUUGUCAUUGUGAUUUUGCACAUAAUAAUAUACCGAUUUCCAACAUCUGAGGUCUGAGUUGCUUUUUUUCACCUCAACUUUAUUCAGCACCUGUCAAUCCUCUGACAAAAUUGAUGAGCAUAGCGUCAGAAAAAUUUGCCACAUACACUACAUCUCUUUUUUCCCCCCUCAAAACUUUAAGAAUUAUGCAAGACAAAUUUUUUAGCUGUGACAAAAAAGAUUAUUGCAACUGUUUGCUAGCAAACCACGAAUAUCUAUCUAUCAAUCAAUCAAUCUAUCUAUCUAUCUAUCUAUCUAUCUAUCUAUCUAUCUAUCUAUCUAUCUAUCUAUCUAUCUAUCUAUCUAUGUGUCUGUCUGUCUGCGGGUAGGUGUUUUUAUGAUAUUUGGCACCGAAUUGACGCCAUAACCUUUAAAAAAUGUUAUAAGUGGGGUACUUACAUUGUUUUGAUUAUCCAAUAGGACAGCCAGAAGAUUUCUCCCUCUGACAGCCUGUCUUGUCCUUCUUCUUGCAGCACUACUUGUGCAAACUACCGACAAAUAAGACGUUUUGUUUCUUUACUGUACGGUUUUUAUCCUCUGUAUUUACACCACCUCAAAUUUCCCCGCUUCUUGUCCUUUAUACUGUAUUGUGCGAGAGUUGUACAACUAUCAGGACAAAGGUAAAUAAAAAGAUCGCACCACACAUAUCAGUUAACACAUUUAACUAAGAUGCAACCACUUUUUUUAAGCAGGAUAAAUUUCUGUCUGAUGAACGAGCUUAAAACCACAUAGAAAUGUGUUUUAAGAGUUUUUUUUUCAUUGGAUGUUGUCGCCACAUGUGUUCUGUGCACCUAGAAUGCAUUUAUUGACAGCUUACCCAACCCACUGAGGAUUUGAGGAAAAUUUUCAUUUUGCUAAAUUUUCUAUCAAAAAAUGAAGGGUAGAUACAGUAAAAUGGCCACAAUUUUUUUUCCCGCGAUGUUUCCGUCAGAGCAGACCCUCCAAUUGUUGGUUCUCAGAGUCAAAGCUAACAGAAAAAAACACAAGUAAAAAGUAUUUCAGACCAUGUCAGGUUCAAACCAUUUUUGAGAUUUUAACUCCCUGACUACUAGCUAUUAGCUCCUCACACACACACACACACACACACACACACACACACACACACACACACACACACACACACACACACACACACACACACACAGAAAAUACAGAACAUCAGUCCACUGCAGGUUUACUACAAUAGUUAUAUGAAUAACAUCCUCAUUUUUAAGAAACUUAAGUAUGUCCUACUGUCUCUUACAGAGGGUAAGAGCGGAUUGACUACGGUAGCGCCAUCAUUGCCACUGAGAGAGGAUUAACAGACAUUUCCUUUUUCUAGUAAUUACGAGAUAAUCUACCUUUUUUUUAAUCCAGUGAGUGUGCUUCCGUACAUUUAAAACCUAUUUGGGGGCUCUUAUUUUUAAAAGAAGAACCGGAAGUUGUUUUAGGAAAUUUGUUGUGAUCGGGGCGGACACGAUCUGCUGAAUCAGACGCUGUGUCUCAUCAAUAUAUGAUCAAAUUACUAUAAAUAAUUCACGUGUGAUCAGAGUGUUGGCGGUGACCGGGAGGAGGUCAAAACGAGGAUCAACAAGAUGUGACGCAAAAGCUGCAGAGAUCGUCAGUAAGGCAAGAGGCAUCACCCUGAACAUAGAGAAAAUCAUUGGUUUGACCCAUAGACUGUAAAAAGAAUGGACAGAGUCUGCCUCCUUGCUGGGUAAAGCCACUCCAAGAACAGCAACCUCUGUUGAUGGGCUGCAGUUAAGGUCAUAAAUCCCGCCUCUGCCAGCAAAGCUUAUGGGGCUGUUGACAAACUUUAGAAAUUUAUUACACAAAAUAUACAUUUUUCUUCCCCCUGGUUGUGAUGUUGACAUGUAGUUACUGUAAGACUGGUUUGUGCUUAAGUCCUCUUUUUUCUGUGAAGCUCCGUUUUUAAAAGUUAUUAGGGGGUUUAUGUUUUCUAUGAUUGACACCUGAUACAGCCUAUGGGUGUUCAGGGAUUGCGUAACUCACCCGAGGGAUACGCUGUUUGAGCCGAGCGUCAUCACAGCGACUCUCUGCGACUGCGCGGCCGAAUGCGCGCAUCGCUACUGUGCAGCACUGGUUUCAGGAAAUUAAGAAAAAUCCCGUAAAUACCGAGAGCUUUUUGGCUUCAAAUCUGUAUACAGGCGGUAGACGGAACCAAGUUGUCUAUAUUAUACACAGUCUAUGGUUUGACCACAACACAUGGUCUUUGUGGAUCAUAUUUAAUGUAUUAUUCUAAAUUACCAAACACUAAAUACUUAAACUUUUAAAUUUUGUGUCAAUGGACUUUACAGAUGCUGUUCUUACAAAAACAAUAGUACUUGUGACAACAUCCUAUUCAUUUCAUUUAUUUGUAUCAUUUUACAAGUAUUACUCUGCAGUCUCUGUAACGCAUUUCAAGAUACAAGAUCUUCAUUCUUAAUUUAGAAACUUAUUGAUAAAGGUAUACGUAUUAUCCUAAUUUUAUGUAUUUUGUUGAUUGAUAAAACAAAACAAUGACAGUAAGGAAUUUCCAAAAACACUGCAAAGGUUUGACAGUGGAAUUAUUAUCUUUUAUUCACGUAUCUUUUUGAUAUUUAUAUAUAGGCUAUGUAUAUGUGCAGAACAAUAAAAGUCAACAAUAAUAUCUUUAUCUUUUUUUGAACAUGAUAAAAAAUAAUGAAGUAAAAUAAAAAACAAAUAUUUAUUCUGUAUUAACUGAUUAAUUUAUUUUUCAUCUAUUAAGCUACAUAUUCUACAUUGUUAUCAAGCCUUGGCCACAUCAUGGUUCAUUAUUGGUCUCAAAUUAUGUGACGCUAUGUAAAAUGUCUUAUUAACGUGCCAACACAUACACACAUUUGCAAACCUGUUUUCCCCCUUUUCCAGCCCACAUUUCACUUCUUUCAUCACACACAAAAAAAUGUAAAGGUAAAAUAAAAGCUUAUUCAGCUUUUGCCUCUGUUCAUUUGUAUUAUGCCAAGAGGCUACAGAUAUUCCUUAUACUCUGUAAAAGCCUACAAUAAGUCAAUAGUCACACCCCUCGAUGACGUACCACCUCGCCCCCUUGUGGUCCCAUGAAUAAAGAUCAGAGUGAGCCCUCUCUCUCAUGCUCUCCUCUCUGGUUCUCAUAGUAACUGUCACCUGCAGAAACACACCGGGACUCACCGAGCUUCAAGGACUGAAAGACCAACCCCCCCGCUUGGCUCCCGCUCAAUCUCUGCUCUGCAGCCCACCUAAGUGCAUCUGAUCAAACCUGAUCAAUCGAAACCGGGAUCGAUCGACCUUGAUGUCCGCUGUGGUGCAUCAUAACCGGCGCGUGGCCUGCGGCGGGAUCAGAGGCACAGCUAAUGAUGACAUCACCGUGUGAGAGUGCCGAUCCUCCCCGCGUGAGCUGAUCGUAUAUCAUCUAUCAGGUGCGUUAACUUGUUAAAUUAAAACCAAGUCUGGAUGAGCUGAUAAAUCUGUUGAGUUGAUCGAUCCCUGCACUGCCCACAAACAGGCUACUUUAGACUAAUUGAUCAGUGAUUAGCACAGGUGUGUCAAGUUGACCGAUCAGUCGAGCCUGUAACCACGUUUAAAACGCAGUGAUAACAAUCAGUAACCAUUAACUUCCUUUAUAGUCUGAAUUAAUUCACAGAUCCAACUGUAUUGAUCACAAAGUGAAAACUAAACAUUUGACUCACAAUGAAGUGCCAAUUUUUUAAAUAUAUGUAUUACUUUUUUCUUAGUUUUAUUUAUUUAUCUUCAUUAAUUUAUUUUAAUGCUAUCUAGCUGUUUAUUUGUUAAUGUCACUUUUUUAUUUAUUAACUUUUAGUGACCUGUAGCUACAGCAGAUAUUAGCCCUACAAAAGUCAAUGCGUUUACAUGCACAGCUUAAUUGGACCAAGCUCAUAAUGCGUUUUUCGCCAAAUCGGACUUCUCUCCUUGUCCGUGUAUACAUGCAGCUGAGAAAAUUGAAUUCUUGAUGUGAACGUGCCCUCCUCCCCUCAACUGGGGGGCGAUAUGGGUCUUUUCAGCUGCGCCUUUUCUGACCCCAUACAACAGUCGUCAACAACAACAGUGGCUACAACUGCUACUGGGGAUUUUCAGGCAAGAAGAUGGAGGAUCGUACAGCAUUGUUUUUGUCGUAGAUGAUAUAUGUGCUGCUUUUUCUUCAGAUGAGAUGCACGCUACUCCUCUUCUCUGGUGUUUUUGUUCUGGAGUUACAGGGGCGUGGCGCACGCGCACAUGCACUGUCUGAUCAUAUUCCGACUAUGCUGGUUACAUGGUAGAGAAAAAAAAAAUAGAAUUCCAAUUGCAGUAUCUGGGUGUCUUAAUCGGAGUUCUCCAACUCCAAUCCAGGUUCUCAAACUCCGAUUAUAGCCGGACUAAGGUGUUUACAUGCACUUCGGUUGUCCGGUCUUAAUUGGAAUAAGGGAAUAAUUCGUUUUUUAUCGAGUGUCAUGUAAACAUACUGAGUGAUUGGUGAGGUAGCCCAGUCUUCCACUGGUGUAUGAUUGUGAGUGGUGUUUGGUGGUGUUUGGUGGUGGUUGGAGAGGCCUUUGGCGCGUAUUGGCAGCCAUGUUUCCGUCAGUCUGCCCCAGGGCAGCUGUGACUACUAAGGUAAUUUACCACCACCAGGAUGUGACUUUGUGAGUGAAUGAAUGAUGUAUCCAAUGUAAAGCACUUUGAGGGUCACUGAUGAAGCCCAUACAAAAUAUGAUGCAUUAUUAUUAUUACUCUUACCUUGUGUCCACAUUAUGUAAAAUCAUUAAGUGAAUUACUUGUAAAGCCAGAGCAAGGACACGAUUAGAUGCAUGUCCUACUUGGACUUCACAAAUAGCAUGAACUGAACAGACUUUUUGCAAGAACAACAUGAUUCACGUUGGGUCUGACAUGCUAACCGCUUCAAACGCCUAACCUUGUUUUCACACCAAGCCCGAAUUAAACCAUCUACUCACUUAAUUUGCGUGUAUCUGAACACGUGAUUGGUGGGUAUUUUUUUGCUGAAUUCGCAAGAAUAGCUUGCUUGAUUGGUGCGAAUAACUCGCUGCAAAGAUUUUACAUUUAAGUUAAUGGGACGGAAGCAGAAUAAGGAAAAAUCCACAGUACGACUAUAGGUUUGUUUGCCCCGUGGCCCCAAUAAUCAUUUCAACAUGAUACAGACCUGAACUGUAGUGGUUAGCACUGUCGCCUCACAGCAAGAAGGUCCUGGGUUCGAAUCCGGGUCAGGGUGUUUCUGUGUGGAGUUUGCAUGUUUUCCCUGUGUCUGCGUGGGUUUACUCAGGGUACUCCGGUUUCCUCCCACAUCACAAAAAUAUACAGAAGUGGGGUUAGGUUAAUUGGCCACUUUCAAAUUGCCUGUAGGUGUGAAUGUGAGCGUGGAUUGUCGUUCAUCUCUAUAUGUCAGCCCUGCGAUGAACUGGCUACUUGUCCAGGGUGUCCCCUGGCUUCGCCUGAAGAUGCUGGGAUAGGCUCCAGCCCCCCGCGACCCCGGGAACGGGAAUAAGCGGUAGAAAAUGGAUGGAUGGAUGGACAGACCUGAACUGCUAUGUAAAUAAUUCAGAAAUUCAGAAAAGCAUGAGCGGUGCCAGAGCUUGGUCUGCAUAGCCAGUAGUAAUUAGGACUCGUUUCCAGUAAGGGUUGCCCUUUGUCAACGAUUCUGUUCAUAACUUUUAUGGACAGAAUUUCUAGACCCAGCCAGGGCGUUGAGAGGGUCAGGUUCAAUGGCCUCAGGAUUGGGUCACUGCUUUUUGCAGAUGACGUGGUCCUGUUGGCUUCAUUGUGUUGUGACCUUCAGCUCUCGCUGGAUCGGUUCCCAGCUGAGUGUGAAGCGGCUGGGAUGAGAAUCAGCACCUUCAUAUCUGUGGGGGAAACUCUGCAGGGUAGCUGGGCUCUCCUUUAGAGAUAGGGUGAGAAGCUCGGUCAUUCGUUCCUCCACAUUGAGAGGAGUCGGAUGAAGUGGCUUGGGCAUCUAAUCAAGAUAGAUCCUGUACACCUUCCUGGCAGGGCAUUCAGGGCAUGUCCCACUGGUAGGAGACCCAGGACUCGCUAGAGAGACUACAUCUCUCAGCUGGCCUGAGAGAUGUCCCAGGGUCCCCCCCGGAAGAGCUAGAUGAAGUGGCUGGGGAGAGGGAAGUCUGGGCUUCUUUGCUCAGGCUGCAGCCUCCAUGACCUGACCCUGGAUAGGUGGUAGAAGAUAGAUGGAUGGAUGGAUGGAUGGAUGAAUGAAAUUCAGAAAACCAAGCGAUACCUGUGGUAUAAGUGAGUCUAACAUUGUUUCAUAAAAUAAAAUGUUUUGUUCACAAAAACAUAUAUUUUCAAUCAAAAAGCAUCAAACAUUAAAAAAAAAAAUUACAUCUAGGAAUAACAAAGAGCUUGCCAGGAGGAGUGAGGUAGAAGAGUGAGAGACAAAGGAGAGGAGAAAAGAGAUUUUGAAUAUGUUUUGUUCCCUGCAGAGAUUGUUGUCCUAAUUGAAAAUAAACUGUUUUCUUUGACUUCUUUCAAAUUUAGACAAACUGUACUUGCUUCGUAAAUAAUCUUGUGAAUUUUAAAAUGUACAUACUCCUUGGUUUGGGGUGGCAAUCUCUGCGGGGAAGGAAGCAGACUUUUCAGAAAAAGUUCAUCCUCCGAUGGGGGAGAUAGGGCUACCUCUGCCGGCUGCUCUCUGGGACAAGGUCUCUUCCUCUGAGUCACUGUAUGGAAUGGAAACAACAUAUUUUACUUAUGUAAUUUAUGAACUAAACACUUUUUUGUAUAAGUUGUCAAAAGAAAAUUAAAAGAAUAUGAAUGACACAUGAAAGGCAAUGAACACAAUACAAAUAUAUAACAUUCGUUCAACAAUAACAAUCAUUACGUAUGCACAAAGAAAGACCCACCUACCCCCACAACCCAGCACCCCUUCCCCCUGGGCCUGAUAGCAGCGGAUGUGGAUGGGCCGGGGGCAGGAGCAGCAGCACGUGAUGGCAGUGCAGGAUGUUUCUCAGCAUCACUGCCAUGACCCUCAUUGAAGACUUCAUGAUGUUCUGGCGUGACAAUAUAUAAAUGCAUUGAUAUGAAUCCUACAUCAUACAGGUCUGGCCAUGAUAAUGUGGCUUUCGAUUUCUCCACAAAUGAUGACAUUAAAAUUAAAAAUUUAUCAAUUACAUCUGCAAAAAAACCCAAAAAAACCCACUUUCCUAUUCCUAUUUUUUCCCAUUUAAUCAACUCAACUCAACUCAAACUUUAUUUAUAGAGCACUUUAAAAAUAACCGAAGCUGACCAAAGUGCUGUACAGGUCAAUAAGACACAGCGAAAUACAUAAAACAGACAGUAAACAAUAUGAUCAAAAACACAGAAUACAAGAUUAAAAUACAGCAAAGUAAAAUUGAGGUACAAAUACACCAUAAAUAAAAACAAAUAUAAAAUACGUAGGUAGAUAAAAAACAAAUAUAAAAUAUAAAAUACCAAUCAAGAGCUAGGUAAAAGCUAGGGAGAAAAAGUAUGUUUUUAAAUCGACUCAGCUGAACGGAUGUGGUGAGGCAGGCUGUUCCAGAGCCUUGGAGCAGCCGCCCCAAAGGCUCGGUCACCUUUACUCUUUAGGCGAGUCUUCGGGACGACCAACAGCCGCUGAUUGGCAGAUCUCAGUGCUCUAGCGGGGGCAUGAAUGUGUAAGAGCUUGGACAAAUACCCGGAGGCCAGUCCAUUAAGAGCUUUAAAAACAAACAAUAAAGUUUUAAAAUUUAUUCUAAAAGAGACUGGGAGCCAGUGGAGAGAAGCGAGCACAGGGUCAUAUGUUCUCUUUUACGUUUCCCAGUAAGGAGGCGGGCAGCUGCAUUUUGCACUAGCUGAAGUCGAUGGAGCAGAUUUUGAUCCAAGCCAACAUACAGGGAAUUGCAGUAAUCUAAUCUUGAAUUGACAAAAGCAUGUAUAACUGUCUCUAAAUCUCUUCGAGAGAGGUAACCCUUUACCUUAGACAGAGUUCUCAGUUGAUAAAAGCUUUUUUUGACCAUAGAGUUGACUUGCUUGUCGAGUUUAAAAUUACUGUCAAAGGUCACGCCGAGAUUCUUUAACGAUGCACGGACAUUCAGUGUGAGAGGGCCCAGAUAAUUGGCUGGGAGGUCAGAUAAUAUAGCCUCCUAAUCACCAAUGCUGUGCACAUUAUCAAUACUUUAUUCAUCUUCUGAAUGGCCUGCUGCUGCUCCCCAUGCUGAGUCCUGGUUCUGGCUUUCAGUGCCCUCUGGUCUUACUUUCCUCGACCCCCAGCUCCAUAAUACUGCUGGUUUCACAUGGGGUGAGGAAGGAGUUGAGGAAAGACAGAACCUCAGAUAACUUCCAGUUUUCCUCUGCCCCUGCCGCUGACCCACCUCUCUUUUCCAUCUCUUUUCUCCUGUCCUUCAUGGAGGUGUCCCUCAGGAUCUUCCACUUCUUUUUGCAUGUUUCUUUGAAGAAAUCAAAAGUUGUACAUUGUUUCCCAGAUGCAAGACUGGUGACAAAAAAGGGCCAUGCACACUACCAGUUCGGACACUCCUUAUCAUACAAUAGUUUUCUGUAUGGCCUUAAAAACCUUUAAACUAAGUACAGAGAAAAGCAGACCAUCAUAAUAAGACAUGAGGGUCAAUCAGCCAAGGAAAAGUCAAAGACCUUUUAAAUGGCUCCCCAUUUCACUUUGCAACAGAAGAAACAUCCAAGUUUAGAAUGGGCAAAACACUUUUUGUGACAUCUCUGCCUUGAUUGCUAAAAAAGUUGUUGUUUUUUUUCUAACAUUUGAAAUCAAAAUACUAAAAAACAGCUUUUGGUUUACCUUUAAUAAAACACUGUUGUGAUAUUUGUCUCUAAACAACUACAUCAGAAUACUAUGUGGACUUUCGAAAUUAAAGCUCCUGCAAAGAACUUGAGGUUUGUAUCCAUGUUGGCACCCCCUAUCGACGACGCAGUCUCUGCUUGUCUUGUUCUCUACAUGGUCUAGUGGGGAUUUUUGACUGCUGAAUUUUCACAGUCUCAUGUGGAAACUAUUUGAAUAGUUUAUGGUGAAAUGUUAAGAAAAAAAAAGCUGUUUCUGUAACUACUUGAUUGACACCUACCCCCUUUCACCAAUUUGAAACAUGUAAGUUACUGAAUAAAAAUUGGACAAUCUUGUUGCUUAUGGUCUUGUUUGACUUAAUAGUUCAUGAACUGAUGACAGUAUGGAUUUCAGAUUAUUUUAUAAAGGUUUCAAAAACUCCUCACAUGAGCUUUAAAGAAAGCAAAUGAAAUAUUUUCAUUAAAAGGAACAGUUCAAAUUUAUUGCAAAUUUCCAAAUGGCUACAGUCUGAGAGGAAGUGCAUAAUUUUCUCUACGGGACAAUUCUGGCAGCAACCUCAUAUGAAGCAAUGAGUUCUCUAUGUUGUAGCACUCGUAAAGUGACGUGUCUGUUGGCAGCAUUCACUAAAUUCCCAGUAAAACCCUGACAUGACUGCAGUGUAACAUUUCAGUGUCAUCUUAUUUUGUUGGGUCAGCUGCCAACAAAACAUCACACACAUACACACACAGCCACUCUCUCCACAUCUCCCUCUGCAUUCACUGUGAGCCCCAGAGCAAGUCAGGCUUCAUCCUAUUUCUUUGAGGUGUUUUCAGUUGAUUAGCUGUCACCACACUUGUCUUGAGAGGAUUGGCUGGGUGUCGGAUAUCUGCUCGGUGUUUGAAUGAACUGCAGGUUAGAGUGCAUGUCUGGUUUACUUAUCAAAAAUGUUUCCAACAACCAGGAAAUAGCUCUGCUCUACAUGUGUCCCCCUUAUGGCCCAUUUACCAUGUCUAUUUACUUAUCAGGGGAGGCGCGCCACACACUUUUGGAACCACUGACCCAGGUCAUCCGGGAGAGCUGAGGUGUCUACAACACACCCACCUAUUUGUCACAUUUACUAUGCCUUUUAAUUAUGUAAAUGUAUACCAGUAUAUGCGUGCACCUUGAAUUUUCCUCAGUGGAUGUGUUACGUAAAAGAGAUUCAAUCCCUGAGAGGAGUGUACAAUGACAAAUGAGUCACAGACCCAAAACCACUUUAUGAACCAGGCUGUAAACCAGUUGUUGAUGAUGACGUUGACGAAAUGUUUUCGUCAACGUCAUCAUCAACGAAAACAACAUUGGUGCAGCGAGAUGACCAAUAUAAACAGUUCCUCAGGGUCAAUAACAGUUUAUAAUCCAGCUCUCUCUCCUCCUCUUCUCUUCACUCUGUGCAGCUAAAGUGUCAGGAUGCUAAAUGCUAACUUUACCUAGGUGACAGUCUACUGAGCACAAGAUGUUUAGCGUUUGACUGAGGAAAUGCUCAUGAAUUUUGCAACUCUGUUCAUCGUCCACCACUUAAGUUUUCGUCUAGUCUCGUCUCAUCAAUGUAAACGCACAUUCGUCUCGUCACAUUUUAGUCAUCUAAGACUUAUGUUUAGCUCGUUAACGUCACGUCUUCGUUGUGGAAAAAAAAGGGCAAUGACAAAAUAUUUUCGUCAACAACAACAACCCUGCUGUAAACAUGUUAAAUUUGGCUGUUAAUUGAUCAUCUUGACAUGGGUGUUAAUGGGGAUUCCUUGGAUUUCAGAGACAGUCUCAAAUGGACAGUUUACUGCAGAUUUUUGCACUCAUGCACUGGCUUCAUUUCUCACCACUGGAAGUUUGAUGUUCAGCAUCCAUCUAUCGAUAGAAGUUUGUCCCCCUCCACUAUGAUAGGUGUUUAUAUCCUCAUUUUAAGCUUUUGGACCUUUUAGUUGAUCUGUUACAUCAAAUACCAAAACCAUCUCUCAAAAGGUUAGCAAGAGGCUAACUGGUGUUUGCCAAAUGGUGAAUACAUGGAAAACUUUACAACUCUGUACCUUUUGGAUGUACAAUAUGUCAGCUUAAUUUUGAUUCCUUCCCUUUCUCCUCGAGCUGAGGUUUUGUCUGCUAUUUGGCUCCUUCUACACAUUUAUGCUGAUUGACUUCCAGGUAAAGGCCCAGAACUGUGGGGGAUGCUGAGGCUGGUUACGGGUCAGUUGAGGUGUCUGCAUGCAAGAGAGUAAAUCAAGCCCCAACCAUACUAUCACAUUGUCUGGGUAUGUUGGUCAACUCUGAGAAAUUUGCAUGUGAUUUCAGUUGGACUUAUGUGUUUACAUGUAUCUUAAGUCAAGUUCUAGUCUGACUUUUUCUUUUCUUUUCUAGAUCUCAGUAAAUUGUAAUUGUCACAAAAAUAAAACAUGCUUUGUUACCCCCAGAUAACAAGAAAAAAAAAUCAAGUUGAAAUUGGGAAAAGUACUAGAAAUUGCUCAUUGGUGUGGUAUGUUUAGUUGCACGCCUGAUAGGAGCUUCUGAAGCAAACAGCCAGUCCAUAAUCUCAUUAUCUAGGAUUUCUCCAGACAGACUCAAAGGAAGAGAUCAUCUAAGUAACUGUCUCAGAAACCACUCAGUAAACUGUAUUUUCGACAGUUCAUAUAAAGCUAUUAAGUGAAGAAGGUGCCUUGUGCAAAUAUACUGUAUUUAGUAUGUUGUAAAUGUAAACAGUGUUUUAAACUAGAUUAAUAACACAUUGCUUUGUCAAAAGUGAAUGUAACAUGUUACUCAGUAGGAAUUCUCUCAUGUCCUUGAUUGAUUGAUAAAGGUUUAAAAAGGCUGAAAAGCAGUCAAUGAUAUGUAAGUAGGGUUUGCCCCAGCUGUUGAAGUCUGUGGCAUAUGUUUGUUGGGUAGAUCUAGCUCAGUGGUAGAGUGGGUCAUCUCCCACAUCAAAGGUCAGCUGUUUGUUCCCCUGGGUUAGAAUGGUAAACCCCAAAGUUAAUCCAGUGGCUGCACCAGUGGUCUGAUGGGCUCUUUACCUAGUGGUGUCUACCAUCAGUGUGUGAGUGUAAUGUGAUUGGGUGAAUGUGACAUGCAAUACAAUGAAAUGAAACGCUUUCAUGAGCCAAUAUUAAGAACUUCAUUGGUUGCAAAGUAUAAAAACAGAUACCAGUGUAGCAGGCAAAGUUUCUUGACACCAAAUGUAAAACUUAUUUCGAGGAAGUUAUCGAGAAAAUUUGGGCUCGAAAUAGGACUUAAAUUUUAACCUGUUUGGUCAAUGUAGCUUAACCAAAGUGCCAUGAGAUAUUUUGACUAGAAUUGGAAAAAAGUUCACCUGGUAGGCUAUGAAAAUUUUGCAGUGUAGGCAUCAUUCAGUAAACUAGCUUUCAUAAAGUUGAUGCAGAGUUUGUAUGUUUUUUAGAAAUUCUUUGACUCAGUGACUAAAACUAUAACUUCCACUUAAAAAAUACUAAAAAGUACAAAUUCUAAUUUAAAAAUAACUUUAAACGAGAAGAGGUUCACAAAAGCUACUAAAUUACAGUCAUAUAAGUAACACUUAAACUGCAAAACCCUCAGACCUAGGGAUUUUUACCCCUUAUUUUCAGUAAAAAGUGUCAUAUAGGACCUAUUAUAAGACACAGUCACCUGACAAGUCCAGAAAAAUGUUUCAAGAUAUUACACUCCAACAGUAAGACCAGAAAUGCAUGUAAUCUGCACAUUUGUCAUGUUUGUCAAUUUUUCUUACUUCAAUGGCAGAUUUUUCUGACUUAUUGCAAGCAAUUCAGUAUGGAAGCGAUUGUGACUCAUAUCUCAAAUUCAAAAGCAUUAGCAGAAAUGCUUUUUCAUUUCAAAGUCAUGGCUGCACUAUUUGACUCAAAAAUAAAAAUAAAAAGCAAUAUUCCGAAAUGUGAUUUCAUCUUCUUCAAGACUGCCCAUUCUGUGACUGCGUUUAAAAAGCAAAAGCAAAUCACAUUUAACAUUUAAUUUUCAAAACAUUCACCAGCAAAAAGGUAACAAAAUUCAAUUUGAAAUGUCAAAUUCGAAAAUUCAAAAGCAUUAGCAGAAAUGCUUUUUCAUUUCAAAGUCAUGGCUGCAAUAUUUGACUCAAUAUUUUUAGUGGACUAAAAAUAUUCUAAUUUCAAGUAUCCCAUCUCAAUGAAUGAGAAUAUAUUUAUUCUUAUUUGUUGAGGAGCACCUGUACUGUAUGCUGUUAGCUGGCUUCUGUGCAGCUCACAGCUAGAACACUGCAGCAGCAUGCCUUGAUGUUGAAUUUUGUGUAUGUUGUUGCAAAGUUUAUUUCAGGGGUACAGUAUCUGAAACGGUAAGGUAAUAAAACAGCAGAGGAGAUAAGAGUGUGCAACUUUCUGUAUUGUUCUUGUUCAAAUGAUCCUUAGUCGGCACCUUGUCAAACUUGGGUAUGCUCCUCUUGUACAAAGCCUACAGGUACAGUAAGAACCUCAUCCAACUUUCACCCCUGUAUAAGUGUACAGGUUGUCACAGGUUAGUCCACUGAAGAUAAAAUGUGGAGAGUCCACGUCUCCAUGCUGUCAGUGAGUGAGUAAAAGGACCAGCACACCUGACACACCGCUGACAUCUGCAUACAGUCACAGGUUAACACGGACAAAGACUGCGGUGAUUCUGCCUCCGUGCCAUGUAUUUUUAAGGCAUCUCUAUGACCAUUUUGUCUGUUUCUCACUGUGUUUAUGGCCCUUUAUUUGCAAAAUAUCCUAAAUCCAUUCAUCAGUGAUGAGAACAAUGAGGAGUAUAAAGUCCAUUAGUCCGCUGAAACAGAUAGCCGCGAGCCGCGGUUUGAUUUCAUUCAAUGAUACACGGAUUCACUGCCCCCUAUCGGCCAGAAGGGGCCAAAACGAGUGGGGUCCGUGACGUCACUUUCCGGCACCACUUGAGAUUGCGAAUAAGAUCGAAUUCUGAGACACAUUUUAUGUGGGGCGAGCACGAAAAAGAAGAGCAUUUCUGAGUUUGUUUUUUCUUUUAAAUUUAGUCACAGAAUGGGCAGUCUUGAAGAUGAAAAUGCAUUUUGGAAUAUUGCUUUUUAUUUUUAUUUUUGAGUCAAAUAUUGCAGCCAUGACUUUGAAAUGAAAAAGCAUCUCUGCUAAUGCUUUUGAAUUUGAGAUAUGAGUCACAAUCGCUUCCAUAAUUCAGGUCUUAUUUGUGGUGUGUAAUAUCCUGUAAUCUACCGUUUUACUGAAAUUAUCAGGUGAAUGUGACUCAAUUCACACCUAAUUGGACAAUUUUCGGUAAAAAUACAACAAAUAAACUUGUAAUAUUUGAGUUUUAAGCUGUGUGGCACCUCCUGGGAAUUAGAGGCUAGAGGUUGGUGAAAAACAGGCCAAACAGGAAGAGAGGUCAGGGCAUCUGAUGGUUUAAAACAGCAGAGUUUUAAACAGUAACUGCCCAUUAGUGGCUUGUGUUUUCUUGUUUGUUUUAUUAUCUGAAAACUUUUUCUCUGUUUUCACGUCUCCAGUUGUUCGAGUGCUCCCAGUCCCAUCCAGGAUGCUGCCAGCCUCCAUCCAGAUCACAGGGGAGCUGCUGUCUGCAGCUGAGGUUCAGGAUAUUUGUGAAAGUCUGAAGGAGGACAGUGUUCGACUGCUCUCUGUCCGGGGCUGCCAGCUGUCUGAUCGGGACUUUGGUCGGGUCUGCCGGAGUGUCGCAGAGUCGCACUCACUAGCUCAGCUCAACCUCAACCUGGGCGUCGUCUCCAGCAUCAACCGGACACGACAUCUGGCCGAUGCCCUCAAGACCAACAGAUCCCUGCAGACCCUUUUGUGAGUAUUUGUUUCAGCCUUGUUAGAGCAGGAUAUGUAAUAAUGAAAAAAAAAGUAAUAAACCCAAAAUGUAAAAACUAACCCCAAAUGUAACAAGAUGCUGAACCCAAAACGUAAUAACUUUUUGCCCAAAAUGUAACACCUUGCUACAUGUAACACCUUGUAAAAUGUAACACUUUGUUACAUUUCUACCAUCAGUGUGUGAGUGUAAUGUGAUUGUUAUAUUUUUGGUCAAUUAUUAUGUUUUAGGUUUUAUUACAUUUUUUUAUUACAUUUCGGGUCACUGUUACAUUUAAGAUCAUUGGGCUCAUAGACUGUCUACACAAUGGACGUCCUCUGCCCCCUCGCUGGGUCAAUACUCUACCCCCUGGUGACUGGCUGCAGUAGAUCAUAAACCCCGCCUCCUCCAGCAAAAUGAAUUGAGCUGUGGACAAACGUUAAAAAAUAAUAAACUUAUACAUUUUUUUUCCCCCCUGAUUGUGAUAUUGACAAGUAGUUAUUGAAAGACUGGUUUGUGCUCAAGUCCUCUUUUUUUUCUGUGCAGCUCCAUUUUUAAAAGUUAUUAGGGGGUUCAUGUUUUCUAUGAUUGACACGUGACACACCCGAUGCACGUACGAAUAUUGUGUAGCUCAUCCGGGGGAUACACUGUUUGAGUAGAGUGCCAUCACAGCGACUCUCCCACAGGACAUGAGAAAAUCCCUGAAAUACCAAGAGCAAUUUGGCUUCAAAUCCAUAUAAUGACAGGAGGCAGAGCCAUGUUGUCUAUCAUAUGUACAGUCUAUGGUUGUGCCAUAUUGGGCUCUAACAACCUGUCUAAAUUCAUGUUAAGAAUCUAAGUUGCUUUCAAUAUAAGUGCUGAUCAUGAAGGGAGUUAUUUGAAAGCCAUUGUCCUCGUCCUCUUCAGUCUCCAUGGCAGUCCGCUGUUGGAUGCCGGUCUGGUAACCUUGAACUCAGCCCUGUCGACCCACCCAACACUGGUUUGUCUGGAUCUAGGUGACUGCAUGCUUGGAGAUGAAGCGCUGGCUCUGAUCUGUGGGAUGCUACCUCCAGAUGGAGCAAAGUCAGGUAACAAAUGCUUAAAAAAACACCAGGCAAACCAAAAACCACCAAGCAAAAACACAGCAAUCAUUUUACAAUCAUCGGCUGAAACUAGCUUGAUAGCAACAUAAAACUUCUCCACUAUUCUAAGCCUCAUCUUGUUAACAAAACAAAAACAAAACAUGUAACAACAGCAGUAAUCUCUGUUUAAAGGUAUAAAAAACCCCAUGGUCAUACAGUUGUGACUUCAUAUAAAACACCAUCAACUUGUAGAACUGUAAACACAGAAGCACCUAGCAAGUGUAGAGAAGCAUCUAAUGUCCAAGUCAUUAAAUGGCGACAGUGAAGAGGUUUUUUCACAUGUAUGAAAUAGAGCUAAACUAAUAUUGAUGUCUUUUCAUGAUAUCCAAAAGCAAGAAAAACCGUCAUGAACAAGACUAACUGUUAGUAUGGUGUCAUUUUUAAUGACUGAAACUUGUGAGAUUGGGGUAGGUGUAUUCAAAAUACUGUGCUACGAAAUGUUGUUGUCCGGGUUUGUUCACGUCUAUCUAGUACAGCAUUACAGCAUUAUGACUGCAGCAAUUAAUCACCUAUCAAUCUUUAUUCAUAAAGUAUCACAACAAGUGUUAUCUCAAGACACUGAACAAAAAAGCUGCUCAAGACCAGACAUAAUUGACAAAGACUUAAUGUAAAGACUGGAUCAGACUGAGCUCCAUCCUGUAAGAUCAGACCCACUCCCAUCACAUCUUCAACCACAUAAGUGACACACUUAACAGCAUUUAUGAAGUUAGAGUGGAGAGGGAGAACUUCCUUUGACAGGCAGAAACCUCAAGCAGAAUCAAACUCAUGUUAAACAGUCAUCUGCCGAGACCGAGCUGGAUUUAGAGAUGGGAAAGAGAGAAGAGCUGCCACCCUAACUCGUGGAUGCUGUGUUGUGACUCCACAAAAAAGCACACAAAAACUGCAAAGCUGAAAACAUAUGGCUGCUUCAAAAACUCCAGCCCUGGCACUACAUUGAAAUAGUAAACUGAGAUCUGUUUAUCAAUACAGCCAGAAAAGAGACCAGUAGCUUCACGGCUUCUGAUAGAAUAUUCCUCCCCACAUGGACAUUGUGCUGUACCUUUUGACCAAUCAGCAGUCACAGUUGACUGCAGGCUUUAUGACCUUCGGUUGAACAUGUUGGUAUGAUCAGAUCAAACCCAUAUGCAGAGGUCCAGCAUAGAAGAACACAAAGCAUCACAGUCAUGGAGAAAUGGCUUUGACAUGCACUCCAAUUUGCACUUAAAACACAAAAAUACAAUGGGGGAAGUUUUAUGGCAUAAUUUCUUCACAGUUUGGUGGAGCAUGGAGGCGUGUCGUCCAUAUUAAGGCACGGUUCUUGGUGCCCAUGACCUCACAGUUUCAUGUCCUUUUAUUGGCAUUAGAGGGGAUUUACUUGCUUAUUAGGAAAAACUGGCACAAAAUUCUGAUGUGCAAGGACAUAACAUUCAUCAUCUGAAGAACACAGAUGUGAACAAUCCUGCAGUUCAGGACAAAGGUCAUCAAUCUGACUUGAACUUUUCUCAAAAGCCUUCAGCCUAAAGUUGUGAACAGAUCAGGAAACAAGGCCCUCUAUGUAUAAUUCAAGCAGGUACACACUCAUGGAAAGCACAUCAACCACCUGGUGCUGUCAUAGCAACUACCACAAUCACCAUAGCAACCUAUUUACACAAUAAGUGGCCUGCAUGAGGGGAUGACAGCAGUUAACUGGUAGUUUACCUGUCACCCCCACUAACCUGUCUGUUAUGUUUCCUCAGUGGGCAAUAACAGCCAGAUGACAGCAGUGUCAUGAGAGUUUAAUGAUGUGUUUAGUGAAGAGAUAAAAUGAUAGCUGGGACAAGAAACUCCAUUCCUACAGUAAUCUGAGUAAUGAGGCUGUAAGUGAGAAGCAGAUCUGAUGAAACGUCUUCAGUCUGAGGGCAUUGGGUAGUUAUUCAAUAAAGGACAUUUAGUUUCACGGGACUGGGUUAUUUCAGGCUCAGACAACCUGAAUUCAUCAGCUCAGAUGUCCAAAUACUGACACCACACACUGAUGGAGACAGGAGGAUUUAACUGCUUAUUUUCUAAUAAUUGAAUGGGGACAGUGACCUUGUAAGAAAAAAAGAAGAAAUUUAUUGAUUCCUCAGGGGAAAUUCAUUUGUCUGUGGUCUCAUGUGUCAAAAAGUCAUCUGCUAUUUAUAGAAGAGUUGUAAUGUCUGAUGGCUGUGGGUACAAAAGCUCUUCUAAAUCUUUCUGUCCUGGAGCGAAGAGAGAAGAGCCGUCCACCACCACUGGCCCUUUGGUCCAUUAAGGUGUUAUGAAGUGGGUGAUCCAUGUCCUUUAGAAUAGACUCCACCUUCCACAGUGCAGGUCUCUCCACCACAUCCUCCACUGAGUCCAACUUUGUCAACAGGCAGCAUCAUAGUCAAUACAAACCCCAAGUUCCUUACAGAAGCUUUCAAAUGUAAAAAAUGAGAGAGUUGCCCAAAAAGCACAGAUUCAAAAGCUUUACAGGAAGUGAUCGAAUGAGCACAUUUCGUGGCUUAAAAAGUUUUGGAAAGCUCACCAUCUUCAGGACAGAUGUGUCAAGGUUUAAAAAUCUAAAAUCAGACAUGGAGUAUUUGUCCACUGAAAGAUACUGUCGGUCUUUCAUUAAUCUCAUUUAGUGUGUUUGUGGUUGUGUUCAGGUCUGAAGGAACUUACUCUGAGUGCUAACCCAGGAAUCAGCUCCAAAGGCUGGGCUCGACUCGCCAUCGCUGUGGCUCAUAGCUCACAACUCCGAGUGCUCAAUCUGGACUACAACCCACUGGGUAACAGCAUUUUUUUUGCUAGUACAAUACAGUCCACAUGUGUUAAAAAGUAACCCUACAGUGCAGCUUUAUAUUUGAGGGAUGAAACCUGUUUUUAUUGUAGUGUAUUUUCGGACAUGUUGUGAGUGAGGAAGAAAACACUGAUUUAAAGGUGAUUUUGUUGAUAGGAAAAUAUCUUAUCCACACAUCUUAAGAGAAAUAGUCUCUCCGAUUCCAUGGUUGGUAACAUUCUCCACGACAACUGACAGCCCCCUUGUGGAACAAAUUAACAUCCCAAUCUACAGGCAUGCUAAAACAUGAGCGGGCCUUUUGUUAUAAUUCACAUUUGACAGAACAUUUUCAGUAAAGGUUACAUAUUAAACAGCCUCAGUAAACAACAUGGAGGGUAUUUGAAAACUGCUCUUAAUUUAAACCUUUAGAUUUGUGGCCAAAUGCUGGUAAGUGGGAAAACAGCUCAGAAAGAGAUGCUGGCCAAAUUACAGAAAACAGACACAACAACCACAAAAUGCAACCUGGUGUGAGCUUUGGCAGAAUUACAGACCUGACUGAGAGGUUUAAUUUGUUUAAUAUGUUUAAUAUGUUUUGUAACAUUAAAGCAGGAAAAUGUUAAGAUCUGUGACUCCGGGGGGGGGGGGGGGUUAGCUGAUAAGAAUGGUGUUGCCAUUAAAGCGCUACCAGCUGUUGUAUCUGAGGAACCUGCAUAAGUAUAUGCAUAUUUUUUCUGCUUCUUUGUGUUUUUAUUAGAAAAGACAGGGGAUAAGACAGGGAAUAGGGAAAGAGAGUGGGGAGUCAGGCUGGAAUCAAACCUACGCCACCUGAGUGAGGCGUAACCUCUGCAUAUCGGUUGUGGUUUCCCUUUUCUUCUAGGUGAUCAGAUUGCUGGGAUGUUGGCAGUUGCUGUAGCGUCCAGCAGAACCCUGGAGGUGUUGGAUCUGGAAGGAACCGGACUGACCAACCAGUCCGCACAGGUCACCAGUCACACUGAACAUCUCUCUUCCUCUCUUAUCUUCUACUUUAAAAUUUCUCCCACAUCAGUGUCAGUGUGACUCUCUCAGCUUUCAGUCAUUUAGCCAUGUGUCCAGAAGAGGGAGACAUUGAUCCGGAAAUCCCCCAGCACAGAAACAACCAAACAUGCUUCAUUUCAUCUGUUUCUGACCCUCUUUUUGUUGAUAAACUGAUUUAAGCAUCUGUUCACCCACAAGCAGAAAUGACUGGUGUCAGCUGUGAGUUAAUGUGAUAGAUGAUGUUUCAGCUGUAGUUCAUCAUGAGUAUCAUCAGACCCUCAACACCUGCACUGAAUAGAAUAGGGAAAAGACACUUUCUAUGAGCCAACCACUUUGAAUGCAUGAUAGGCACAUCACUAAAACCCUGUUAAUGCAUUUAUAAGGCUCAAUAACAAUAAACACCCAUCACAGCUUAUAGCAGGGAUGAUGAAGUGUUACAAGCAGCGAAGGUUUGAUUUAUCAUGUAUUACAGCUUGAUAUAAAAACUAAGAACAGCGUCUUUAUACAUAUUUUACUCUCACAACUUUAUCCAGUUAUGUAGGUUCAUAAAGAACAAAACCAAGAAUACAAAAGAUGCUGUUGAUAGUUUUACUUUAAAGUAUAAGACAUAAUAAAUCAUGCCUCCGUGAGGUGUUAAACUAUAAACUAUUACGACUGUAAAUUCUUUAUAAAUGCAUUUUUAAGGCUUAAUGUGUGUGUUAAUAAUGCACGUUAAGUGGUGAGUUUAUAUUAUAUAUUAUACUGUAUAUUGUUCUUUAAAUUCUAAUCUUACUGUUUACAGACAUGUUACUGCAGACGCCCAAAGAAAUGUCUGAUAUAUCUAGAUUUUAGUGCUGGAGGCCCCAAAGUUUGACGUGCAAAUUUGAAAACAAGAAGCAAACUGCAGUUGAUAGUUUGAUUUACCUGAGCAGGUGUACACAGCUAUGAUCAGCUCAUGUUAUCGACCAAGCAGCAGUCAUGUUCAGCACCAUAACAGCCACAAGUUUAUAGAAAGCAUUCCUACAUGAAUCAUGUUGCUACACAUAAUAAAGGAGAUAUUUAUACCACAAGUUCAUAAAUAAAUUGUAUUUCCAAAGUUAGGUCUAUAAUGCUUAUCAAAUUCUCAAAGUUUUCUUGUGAAGUUUCUUUAAGUGAGAUCACAUUUAUACAAACUUAACAGGAAAAAUGAUACUUUCCGCAACUCAGACCUCAUUUUUCACUUUUAGGCUCUCUAAGAUAUUUGCUGGACUUCUCAGGUUGAAGUCACCUCUAUCUAGAUAUUUUGACUGGUUAUAAGACACAAGAUAAGAUUUAAAUCUUUACAUGACACUGCAAAAGACAAAACCCUCAAAUUUUAGAGGGCAUAUUUUUCUUGGUGAUGUAAUUGGUGAUGGUUAGGCAAAAUGUUUAUACCCGACGCCCUUUUUAGCUUUUUUGCUCAAAAAUAUCAUACCCAUAAUCAAAUGCUUAUAACUAUGUAACCAUAAGGUCUAUUUGAAUCAUGUUUGCGUCACAGUAAAGGGAAGAUUUGUGAGAUUUGUUGAGAUGUGUUAAUAUGAUAACAACCAACUCUGGUCUAGUUUUCAGGUGUGCUGGACUGUUCAGGGUUGACUUUUGUAAUAUGCAGGCAACCAGCUAUCUUGCUGCCAAUUUUAUCCACCCAACAAAAUGAAAUGGAAACUGGUAAAUGGAGAAGGACCAACAGCUGUUUUUUUUGGUUUGCAGUUUUAUUUACAAAAUGACUAAUGUAAAAUAAGUAUUUUUAUACUAUUCUGAUGUUUUUGAGAUCCCCUUGUGUUGUCUAUGAGCUGUACCAGGUCUUAGGACAAUGGCGCAGCAUCUUGCUGAGUCACUCUUUCGCGUUUGCCACUUUGUAUCAAUAAAGUCUAGUUUGAAGUUUUUGUCUUUAGGUAUUCCUAGACAUGGUGGAGAACUACCCAACCAGUCUGCGGGUCCUGGUCCUGGCUGAGAACGACAUCAGUCUGGAAUUGCAGCAGCAGAUUUGUGACCUGCUCUCUGAAGGGGAGGAGGAUGACGAGAGAGAAGCCCCGCUCCUCCAGUCUGGUCCUGCAAGUAGCGCCCUGAUGCCAAUCAGAGACAAGUAUCAGCCAAUCAGAGAAAAGUACCAGACCCCCGCCUGGCUUCAGCACAGCAGUAAGGGCUGAUUACUCCCCUGAACUGUCUCAUAGACUGUCUGACCUCUUCCUCUGUACUGUUAACUCAAAGACAGCAGGAUUGGUUCAUACUGAACAGACCAGUGAGCCCCCAGAACCAGCUCUGCAGGAGUCAACUAUAUUAACUUUACAGUGUAUGAUACUGGUUCAGUUGAUAAUGCUUAUUACAAUGGUACAAGAGCUGGUGCUGGUUCUAAUACUCCUUUGUAACACACUGAUUCUGCCAGUGUUAUCCAUCACACUGGCUCUACUGGUUUAAAACACAUGGUGGGACUAUUUUUCAUUGGUUCUACUGGUAAAUCUUAACACACUGGUUCAACUUGUCUAGUUGAAUUCUGGUGUCAGUUUUUUUGUCUGAUGUUUGUUCAUGUUAGCUAAGCUGUGUCCCAGUUCAGCCCAGCAUGACCCCAGUCUGCCCCAGUAUUAGCCUAGUCACUAACAGUUGAUCCACAUUUAGGGCUGGUUGAGUUUAACUUGGCUUAGUUACAUCUGAUUAUGUGACUCAGUGUGACCCAUCUGUUCCACAUAAACCCAGUUUAUGCUGGUCCUGUCCCAGCUGACCCAGUGCAGUCCUGGUUCCCUGGUUCUAGGUGUCCUCCGUUACAGUAGGAUGUUUUGUGCUCUGUAUACUAGAGGUCUCAAUGUGAAUCUGGUUUCUUAUCUAAAACCAGUAAAUGAGGAAUAUAUUCUAUAAUCCAGUCUCUAUCGAUCAAUAAUUGAUGAUUUGUUCUUCUGUGGUUGCUCUGUGAUCCAGAGCAGAUUACACACCUGAAUGUAACUUUCUUAUUACAUAGGUGCAAUAGGUAGAUUCUGAUUCAUAACAUAAGGAUCCAUUACUGCUUGAUAGCAGUCCGUUGCAAUGCAGACCACACUGUUGCUAGGAAUGUGGCUGUCAUCACAGACUUGUGUGGACUGUUAUUUUAUCAUUGUGCAGAAAGAGGUAUUUGAUUAUGGUAGAAAAAUGAAAACACAAAUGUGGGAAACAGCAGCGUGAGAACUGGAGGGGUUAAUUACAUGUUCUCAAAAACAAGGUGCAUGACAACUCUUAGUAAAGGGUAUGAGGAUGUUUAAGGACUAAUAAUAAGAAAAUUCACAGUAUGACAGUAGGAGGGCAGAAAAACUCGAUCAGGUUCUGCACUGAUUCAUGCAGUGAUGCUUCUCACCAUGUUUUACUUCAUCAUCAGCACAUUGUUCAUUUAAACAUGAGUAAUAACCGCUCCAUUUAAAUAAUGCUUCACAUUUAACCAAUAAUAUCGGUGCUGCUCAGACUGUGAGUGUCAUAAACACACACACAUAAACACCUUCAGCUUAACAAAAUCAUAUUAAAUCAAUAUUUGGUGUAAAGUUAUGAAAAAGUAGGUAGCUAUGUGAGAUAAUGUAUAGUGAGUGUGUUAUUCUCAUAGAGAAUAUUUAAACACUGGAUAGUAACUGAUCUCUGAAGCUAGCUUUAUUAGAGGUUCAAUUACCACUCUGUUUGUGGUGUUAACCUGAUGUGACAACAAAGUAUUGAGUUGUGUUAUUAUGGUGUCCGUGAAGGGGAGCAGCGGGGGGAUAAAACGGGUUGUUGUGUAAAUGAGAGAAGAGCUGCAGGUAUGAUGUGUGUAUGUGUGGAGGGAUGACAGAAGUGAAAGAAAAAUGAGGUAAGCAAAUCAAAGUAAUUCAUAAUUAUUCAUAAAUAAGUUGGAGAAAGAAAUGAUAAUAAUUGUGCUAUGAGUCUCGUAAUGAUACGACAAUUAAGGUAGCAACGACUCUCCUGGGGUCCAUUCAUCCUUACUUAAGUGAUAGAGGUCUGUUUGCAUUGCCUAUUGGUAUGAAAGCCUCCUGUCCAGCUGUAAAAACACUUGUCUUUUAGUUUGUACAUCAAUAAAACUGAUGCUAAUUAACUUUUAUAAAGCUUUGAUAGCUUCCUACAUUUUGGGCCACACAGCUUCCUACUGGUUGAUGAAAAUGUUGUACACUUUUUGAAAAGCUCAUUUGAUCAGUAAAAACUGAGCAAACACUCAAUACAUUGCAUAUUGAAUUUUCCUUUGAUGAUAGAUAAAGUUCUCCUUAUCUUUUCUUACUCUAUAAUCCAGAGUUUGCAGUUGCAGAGGUGUAAUAGCUACUGGUUUUGAAGUGUCCUAUAAAGGAAACAAGGGUUAAUCAGCAUAAAGACUCCUCUUCAAUUCAUCAAAGUCCACAAUGUGCAGUCUGAGUGUAACUGUGUAGCUCAUUGUGUCAGCAUCUGUGUUCAUCAUCCUAUUAGCACUCAGUAUGACAACAAAGGUCAGAUCCUGGUAACUUAGAUAGGUGUGGGGUUAAACUGACUAGCUGCCCAAAACCAGUUCAUCUGGUCUCGCCAACCGCCUCUGGUCACCAAUUAAACCUGUGCUCUACAAGGUUCAUUUAUUCGUUUUCUGCUUCACUUUCUUUACAUGCAUAGUUAAGAACUAAUGUACUUUCCUGUCUAAUUUAAACAGGAGUGGAGCCAGUGAGAGCUUAGUGAAAUGAAUGUAUAAACAGUUCAUUAUUUUUUUUCACUAUAACAAACACAAUUAGAAGUUAGAUCAUUUAAAGUUAAUGAUUUUAAUCAGUCAGACUUGGUGGUCUGCUCCUUUAUAUUUGAUGUGAAGCUCUAAACGUGUCAUUCUUUGACCCCACAGACUCCAGCCCCCAGAUGGUCUUGCUGACAUCAGGUCUAGGUGAGAGCUUAUUGGCUGAGACUGAGAUGUGA